AUGCUUCGUCUUUUUGCUGAGCUGGAGCCAUCUAUAACCGUCACCGGGUACAACCUGGCAGACCGAGUUCUGUAUAUCUUGCGCUCAAAUAUAUUUGAUGUCGCCGAACUCGAACGGCUACGACGUGAGGCUGUUCCCUCAUCGAAUGAAAAUACUACGGCUGAGGAUGCGGCACCACAAGUUGUAGAGCAACCCGCAAACGUGGAUACCGCUGUGAAUACUCUAGUUGUGAUUGAUUCAAACGAUGAUAGAACAGUCGCCCAGGAACUAGAAUUAGAGCGUAUGAGGAGUACAUUGGAAGAGGCGAUUGUGGAAAGCAUAACCCUUAGCAAGCGGAAUCGGGCUGUCGUGAGGGCUCUGAGCCCAAUGCUGGUGACCUAUUUGGAAGUCAGCCGGGACCUUUGCGAGACGGACUCAUUUCUCUUUGGCGCCGCGCUGGCUGUCUGCCGUAUUAUAGGCGCCAAGGUUUCCACGGCUGGACGCGCUACUGGCCAAAGUAGCGCUAUCGCAGCAUGGAGAAUAAGAAUUGAGGAACGUAUCGCAAAGGCUCUCAUCGGCAGACCGAUAUGCUUCAGAUCAGGCAAUAACAGGCCAAUAAUUGUGCGCACCGUCAGGAUGGCGUUUGCUGGGACAAAUGUCAGUCUUGAUAUAACGCAAAAACUGACGGAGCGCAUAGAGGAUCUGAAGCAGAGAAUCGCUGCCUGGGGAAAGUGGAUUCGGCAAUAUACUGAGAGGUCGACACGGUUCAACCAGAAUCGUCUCUUCCAGAGUGAUCAGAAGAGGCUCUAUGAAUCAUUGGAGCGACCAAUGUCAGAUGAUCUGGUUGCAAAAGUCAAGAAAAAGCUUUUUGAAGAUGAUGAAAUUUCUGAAAAUGACAACAUUGAAGACACUCCAAACAAAAAUAUUGUGAAGAUAAACAAGAAACUUUUUGAGCGUCAAAGAGAGACCAAGAAAAUACCCGUCUUUCUAAGCGAAAAUGAUUGUUUAUUAAUUCCUUUAAACAUGCCCGGUGAUGAAAUGUUAAUACCAUCUGGUGAACUUCCCAAAUGA